AUGGAGUUUUCAGACGACCCCCUGCUUUGGACGAGCGUUGUCGUCGUGUAUCGCGAGUGUCUCUUGAAGCGCAGUGGAGAGCAGCUCCCGCAUGUGGUCCAACAUAUUGACGGCUUCUUGGAUCGCACCCGUUCAUGGACAUUAUCUGAGGUCUAUGAGCGUACAUCGAGUCUGCAUUGUAUGCGACUGUUGGCAGAUCGACGACCUGCAGUCGAUUCGCUCUUUCGCGAGUGGGAAUUCAGUGGCGUCGCGUCUCUAGCUGCCAAGCGCGGAGACCUGACGUCUCUAACCUGGUUGGCAGACACCGCUAUGCCUGAUGGGGCGUUGUCUUCGGCGGCGAACGCGGCUGCUGCGAGUGGGCAACUGGAAGUUUUGAAGUGGCUAGUUGAAGAGCACAAGAGCAGAGUUCAUUGGGGAGGUCUGGAGUGGUGUGAAGCUAUCCGUGAGGGACAGAACCACGUGAUUAAGUGGCUACAGAUGCAUUCGAUCCCCGAUGAAGACGCGGUUUGGAGGCUGGUAGUUGAAGCUGCUAACGCUGGAGAUUUAGUGCUGGUGCAGUGGUUGCUAUCACAUAACGGAUCCACAAUACACGCUGCGUUACGGGGAGCAUACAACGGCCAUCACUGCCAUAUCCUUAAGUGGCUGGCGACGCAAUGUGAUGCUCUGCCGCCAACGUAUUGUGUCGAUGCUGCAGUCAAGGAUGGCGACCUAGAAUUUCUACAAUGGCUACAUGAGAACAAGCUCGUGAACUCUUUAUCUGGUGUUGUACCUAUUUCAGCUGCUAGUGGACAUUUGAAUGUACUAAAGUGGCUUCACGAACAAGGUGAAGAGCUGACUGCGGACUGCAUGGAUCAAGCGGCUAGUGGAGGACACCUGGACGUUAUCAAGUGGCUGGACUCUCACGAAUGCCCCGCAACUAAACUUGCUAUGGAUGGAGCUGCUGCUGCAGGAUAUCUCGAUGCGGUGAAAUGGCUUCACAACCAGCGAACAGAAGGUUGCUCAGUGUCUGCAAUGAAUGGAGCUGCCGAGAAUGGUUUCCUUAAAGUGGUCAAGUGGCUGCACUCAAAUCGUGACGAGGGCUGCGGCGUGUCUGCGAUGGAGAAGGCGGCUGGAAAUGGUCACUUGGAUAUUGUUCAGUGGCUGCAUUCACAUCGCAGCGAAGGGUGUACGGAGAGGGCCAUGGAUUGGGCUGCCAAAGGAGGCCACUUGGAAGUGGUAAAAUGGCUACAUCUGAACAGGUCGGAAGGUUGCACGACUGCUGCCAUGAACUGGGCAGCUUACGGUGGACAUUUGGAGACUAUGAAAUGGCUUGAUGAAAACCGAAGUGAAGGAUACACGACUAAGGCGUUGUGUUUGGCCGCUGCUGGUGGUCAUUUGGAAGUUCUCAAAUGGCUACGUUCGACGAAAAACGAGCGGCUGACGUCCGACGUGGUAGAUAUGGCUGCAUCCAGUGGACAUUUGCAAGUUUUAGAAUGGCUACAUGCUAGUGGUGCAGACGAGUGCUCGCCGACUGCAAUGAGAGACGCAGUGUUGGGACAUCACAUCCCAGUGAUUCUGUUCCUGUACAACAACUAUCAACACGAUAUCUGCGAAGAAGGAAUUUGUUUCUUACGCGAUGAGUGGGAAGAUCUGGAAGUUCGUUUCGUCGAAAUGGCUCAGUGGCUACUCGAUAAAUACGGAGAUGCACUCGAAGGUGUCAGUUUUGCAGUCAGUCGAGCAGACUGGGCCACAAACAAGUGGAUGGAGGAGCAUAACAUGCAGCAAGUGGACGUGGAAGACAAAUUCAUUUAUUGGGAAUACAGCUCGGCGCUGUAG